ACGAGUGGUGCGUCCUGCCGCGCGCGCCAAGUGCCUAGGAGAGGAAGCGCAGCGACGGAGCCGAGUUAAGCUUGACUUUCCUCGACCGACAGUAGGCGCAGUCUCUCAUCGUCAGUCUUUCUCGUUCCCAGCUUCGGGAGAGCACGCUUUCGGAGUCAGAUCUAUCUUGGAGUGUGCCCACCUCGUCACAACCCUUAGCUGUCCUCGGUCACUGACCCGAUAUAUCGGCCCGUUCUUGCUGUUCACGCUAUCUUUCACGGUGCUGUGUGCAGUGCGGUCUCUCUCGAGAAGUGUUUGUUUUACGGGUUGCAGUCAGUAUCGUUGCACAAUCGAGAAUAAACACAGAGAUUCCGUGUGCAUAUACAUCGUUUCUCUUUUUUCCUAUUGGUCAUUGCCAUCUCGUUAUACAUCCCACCACCCGUUGCACUUCGUUGCUCUCACGCAUACGCUCGCUGCUGACUUGAGUCGCACCGUGCGACUGUACGCGAGACGAGUCUAUCAGAGAAGCGUCCAGAAGCAUGGGGGAUCAACAGCAAACGGAUCAGCAACAGGAAGCCGUGCCAAGCGUGGUGGAGUUGAACGUGGGUGGUGUAUUUUACACCACUGCUCUCGCCACCCUCACUCGAGAGAGCGAUUCUUAUCUGGCUACUCUGUUUUCGGGAAAAACGUUGAUAGAAAAAGAUGCCAAGGGAAAGUAUUUCCUGGAUCGCGAUGGGGUCCUGUUCCGUUAUGUCCUCGAUUUCCUGCGCAAUCAGGCAUUAGUCCUGCCAGAAGGAUUUCGAGAGAAGGAAAGAUUGAAACAGGAAGCGAAUUUUUAUGGUCUACCCGGCUUGGAACGUGCCAUUCUGGAGAACGGUAGGUCUUCCGGUUCUCUGACCUCUUCCGGGAAAAAAGCAUCCGGAUACAUAACCGUCGGUUAUCGCGGAAGUUUCGCAUUCGGUCGCGAAGGUCUGGCGGAUGUGAAGUUUCGGAAAUUGUCGAGGAUCCUUGUAUGCGGCCGCGUGACUCUUUGCAGGGAUGUAUUUGGAGAAACUUUAAACGAGAGCCGUGAUCCGGAUCACGGUACCACGGAUCGUUACACCUCCAGGUUCUUCCUGAAGCACAGCUCCAUUGAGCAAGCUUUCGACAUGCUUCAAGAGCAAGGUUUUAAGUUGGCCGGUAGCUGCGGUUCCGGUACAGCUGGCAGCAAUUCGGAACAGCUCAAGCCUGGAGUGGAUUCCGAGGAAAAUCGUUGGAAUCAUUACAACGAGUUUGUCUUCAUCCGCGAGUAAAUAACAUACUUUGUUCUUCCUUGGUCAGAAUUAGCGAAACGAGCGUGCUGUUGGGAAUAGUCGGUGUGACGCGAUCGACGAAGAUCCAGUUCCAGCAUCGAAGUGGAAUUCUCCAAUAUUUUUUCGUCGACAAAAGCACAGAACAGUCGACUUCUUGAAGACUUUCCUUUUCGAACUGAGAUAACAACUGGUAGGGUGAAGAGUAGAUGAAUCUUUUCGUCGGUAUUCGACCGUUGUGCAUGUACUAUUCAAACUCAUCAAGCUAUAUUAGAACGAUAAUGUCACGAAUUCCUCUUUCAAAUAUUCUUCGCUUGUUUUUUCCACGAACAAAUUUGGAAAGAAUAUUGAUGAAAGAGAUGCCGUAACGUUGUUAAUGUUUGGAUGAAAUUCGUCUGCAAGUGGUGUGGAGAUCUUUGUCGAAAUCACCAGACUUGUUUCUAACACGUGUUCUUUACCGUGAUGUUGAACGUCGGUCGAAGUACCUCGGAGGUGAAACAAAGCCGAAUUCACUUUGCUUAAUUCUGCGGUAAUUGGUGGUAGUACAAAGACCAACGAGACUUGGAAGAUGACGGAAAGAGAGAAGGAGAGAGCGAGAGAGAGAUAGAGAGGGAGGGGGUAGAGAGUAACAUUGGAUCAUCAAGUUUUUAGAAGUUUCUUUCAGCAUUUUACUUGUUGAGGAAGAAUUUGAAAAUUUUAUUAACCUACGAAACAAAAAGCUUUCGUUAUAACGAGAGAUACGAACGAUGUUGGACGAUAAGGAAAAUCAAUAUUUGAUCGUCAGAUCUGGAGAAAGUUUAGGCGAAGUCCCUUCAUCCUUUUUUCUGUUUCUUUUUCAAGAUUCAAAUGUAUUCGCCACAUAUCUGCAGUUCAUUCUUCGCACUUAACCGUUUACUCGUUGAAUACUAUAUUAUUCCAGUUUGAAUCGAAAAAGUUUUACCUCGAAAAAUAUGACUCAAAGUUUGGUAUUGAUAAUCAGAGACUCGUUGAAAAUAUUCUCCGCUUUUCUAUAUCACCCAAGAAGAACCGUCGGAACGUUUCGAAGAACAUAACGAAGUGCAACGAAUUCGACGUGUUUCUCCCAAUCUUUUCAUCAAUGCACACCAAGAGAAGGAUCUCCAAAGGAAAUCUUUAAUGAGACCAAGUAGCGUAAACCGAUCAAUAACCCGACAUUGAAAUUAUUCUAAAAUGGUUAUCGGAGCUGUCGAAGAAUCUAGGAUUCAAGGAUUAACAGGGUAUAACACCCGACGAUUCUCUUCUAAAUGAUAUGAUAACGAAAUCAUCUCUAUCAAUUCGUACUAUUAUCAUCUCGACGAGCUGAAAGGAAACGGGGAAGGAUGGAUUCAAAAUUUAGCUUCAAACAAUGCUGGUCAACUGUUCGAGGUUAAACUUAAUAUUGGACAGUUUGCUUGUGUUGCACUGGAUCGGGCCUCGUGUGUACGUAUCGUGUAACGUAAAUUGUGUGUACUUACGUACAAGGCAACCACGUUGUUAAACACAUGUUGAGCGAUUUGAAUAGCGUGUAUAUCGAACGCCUCUCUUAAAUGAUUCUUUGUUAGACUCUAAUUAAAGAUUAUAUGCGACUGGUCUUCGUUUUCGCGUGCAUGAAAUUGUGCAGUACAAGUAACACAGGAGUACACUCGCUUUCGACGUUGGUCGUGUUGCGUGUAGUAUGCUCGGCGUAUUUCUUACGACACGUUAGAUGGAAAUAGUUGUAAUUUUACUUAAUGAAAUGAGAUACGUAGAUAUUUUCUGACCGUGCAGAAAUUCGAUCGAUUUCUCCUCGUCUUGAUUGGGAGCGCGUACACUUGGGGACGAUAAAGUUUUCGAACGGAACGAACCGGCUUUUGCGUAUUUACCGGCGGGAAAACGAACGAAACGCAAUUGCCGUCGGCGACAAUGCGACGCGGCGGACAAAGGAGACUUGGAUUUUUAGAUAAGUUUUCCUUGCUCCUUUGUGGAAAUGAGCUUUAUUUAAAAGCUGACGAUAUUUUGUGAAUACUUGAAAAGACACCUGUCUCUGUUAAACAAAACACGAUUUAACCCUGUUUAAAGCCAUAAAAGAAUCGUUACUGAUGUACGUGAUUUCUUGUUUCAAUUAUUAAGAAAUAAUUAUCUUUUUCCUGUUUCAAACUUUGUCUCUAAACAGAUUACAAAUCGUUUCUUCCCUGGAAUAUGAAUGAAUAUGGAACAUAUAAAUGUGACAACAGUAGCAGGAUUAAAAAGACUAAAUAGAUUCAUCGAAUAAGAGAGUUGUUUCUUGAAAUUCUUCCAGCUCCUCAAUGAUCAAGAUUAAACAUAAUGGUUCCGCCCGAAAAAAUUCAAAUAUUCAGAUUCUGCGUGGAUCCGUAAGAAUUCUUUCGAUCCGACUAUUUCACGUAUUUCUCUAUUUUCUAUUUCAAACUGAACGCGUCCAAGUCGAAUUGAUAUGGUUUCCGCGCGACCGUUUUUCCCUUAGCGAGACAAUCUUAUCUUCAACUCACGCGAACGAAGAUUCCUCUCUGCCGGCACACUAGUUUUUAUUAGAUUCGGAAUAGAAUUAUUUAUGACAUCGUAUCGCGUUUGCUUGAAAUCUACUGAUCGCGAUCACGGAUGCGAAUAUCGGCGGACAUUCUCACAGACAACGCGAAUAGAUUUGCAAAAUAGUAGUGCAUAACGUAGAACGUAACAGUGCAGUGUGGUAUUGCGAAUUUGAAUAUCUCGCUGUCAAGUUAAACAUCGUCAGUAUAAAAGGAAAGAAUAUAGAAAUCGAUGAGAAUCGUGUUUCAAUUUAUUAUUAAACUGUAGAUGUUUCUGUACAUUUAUGGGAAAUUUGAAUGUGCAAAAAUGUACAGAACGCAUUAAUAUGCAAAAGUAUCAAAAAUAUGCGAGAUAUUUGUUACCUAUAACAUUUAAAUGGUGAAAGAAAUAUUGGUUGAAGUUCUAUUUUUUUACUUUCAGUUUUAAUUUAUCAUUAGGUUAUGAAGUUACGCAUUUAUGAAUUUAAUUCUGCAAAAAUAUCCAAAGUAAAAUGCUCGUUGUAAUAUUUAAAGGAUGAAACAAAUCUCUAUUUAAGUCCCAUUUCUCUAGUUGUAUUCCUAAUUUAUCAUCAGAUGAAUUUCUGUAUUUAUGAAUUAAAAUAUGUAAAAAUAUCCAAAUCAAAAUACUGGUUAUAAUAUUUAAAAGAUAAGACAAUUCUCUAUUUGAAUUGCAUUUCUUUAGUUGUAUUCGUGAUUUCUCUUUAGACUGCGGAUUUAAAUUUAAAAACAUACAGAAAGUUCGAAGUAAAAUAUAUGUUAUAAUAUUUAGAGGAUGAGACAAAUUUGUUUUCCGUUCUUUUUCUUUACUUGUUUUUAUAAAACGUUUUAAGAAUUUGUAUAAACAUCUACUUAUAAUAAAUUGCUCCAUCGAAAUGAAAGUAUUUAUUCCAACGGAUUUCUAUUUCCGCAGCGUGUUUAUAGCACCUUCAAUCGUUCGAUUUGUAAAGACAUUCUUUUUUCUCGUCUUUCGUCGACUUUGUUCGGUGUUCUUGAUACCGCAAGUCCGGUUGCAUGCAUAAAACAGGGACGCGAGCCGGUUAGUUCCAGACGCGAGCAUUUCAUCCGGAACAUUGAAAUUCGGCAAGGGCAAAGUCGAUAUUUUGUGCUCUGACGAUUGCACGGUUCAUUGAUAACAUGGUUGACGUGUCAAAGGACACAAAGCCAUGAAUGAUCGAGUUGAGAAUUGCUAGAAUUUGACAAACAACUGAUGAUGUAAAAUGUAAAGCAAGCUUCGCUAUAUCGCGAAAGUGAAAAUAUGAAGCUUGCCACGCCACUCUGCACGAAUGUAAAAUGUCAGUUGCACGCCGUAAAGCCACCGUGGAUGUUUAUGGUGAUCGAUGAAAUGGUACGCAUGCAUCGAACGUGGUUUUAGAUAUCAUGGGGUUCGUCUUCCUAGGAUCGCCUUUUGUAUUUUAAUUUCAUUCGACAAGGAACGUUCGCGCGUUAGAUAAUUUACAUUCAGGUGCAUCGAAGAAAUCGAAUGUGGCGUUGGAUCGAGUAGAAACUAUGUUCAAAAUUUGACAUAUCAUUGUCGACUUUCUAUCCGAUUUAUUAUUAGAAUUAGUGAUAAUAGGCAUAGUAGUUUAAUUAGAGAUAUCUUAGCGAUACUUUUUUGGGAUAUUUUAUUGUACAACUAUACAUUGCAAUAAAUUAACCCUUUCAGGACCGAUUUUGGAUCGUAUAGAAAUGUUUCUAUUUGUCAAUUAUUGAUAAUAGAAACAUAUAUUUCUGAUCUUUUUCUAAGAAAAAGUACUAAAAGUAGGACCGUUUUUCACUAAAAAUGAACACAUUUAUCCUACGAUAAAAUUUUAUAAUACAAUGUUGUUUGUACGCGACACCGAGUGUGAAAGGGUUAAUUGUCUAUCGUAAUAUUCUGUUCCUAUUAGAAAUCUGUAGAAGAUUCACCUACAUUUAAAGGAAUGUAUAAUCGAUACGUAGAAUCUAAAAAAGUACGAAGUUGAACUCGAAAUAGGUCAGUGGUCAGAUACUACGCAGAGAAUUCCAUGAAUCACGCAAAUCCAAUAGGCCACAUUCCCAAUUCUGAUGUACCUGGCGUUUCGUGUCGAGAUAGGUUUGAAAUCUUCAGUUCUUAGAGUAUCUCGUCGGUAUCGGUUACUUUGGAUAUCUCGUUCGAACCGUUUCAAUUCUAGAGAUAGAAGUCGUUGUGAUCGAGGAAUGGACGAUCGAGGAUAUCGUAGCAUGAUCUUCGAAACGAUCAAAAAGUCCAUGAGAUAGGAGGGCCCUAAUUCGUAGAUUAGAAGCGGCGUACCGCGAUUCCGUUCGCCGUGAAAGGAAAUGAGCCUCGGACGAGCAAAUCUAGAAACCGAUCGAACGAAUAAUUGAUUUAAUAGUCUCCGCGGCAGGCACGAUUCUUCGCGCAUGUUUACUCGAGCGUCUCGUUCGAGGGUCUCUUUCCUUUCUGAUCAAAAUGAAUUCAGUAAAUAGAGAACGAGAGUUGCGUGCAUUUUUGACGAACAAACGCAUUAAAACGCGAAAACUGUCGACGGGCACGUGGCCAAAAUCCCCCGAAUCCUUCGACUGUGGUGAACUAAAUCACAUCAUUCGCGUGAAUUUUCUUUCGGAGGGAUCCACCGGUCAAACUUUUUUCUCGCGAGAUAUUUCGAGUCGAGAAUCUUCAAUCACUACAUCGUAUUAUAUAUGGAACGCGUAGAUUUAUGGCUUAUCAAAUAAAAACGGCGGUCUCGGGGGAAUAUUGGGAAGGUUAAAGGUACCAAAAUUGAAAAAUGCCCUUAUACAUUUCCAUCAAAUCCCUCAUUGAUCUUUUCGUUCCAUCUUAUCGACGUGUUUAUGUGCGAUGUAUUAAAGAACUUUAUACCUGGUUUUCAGAUUUAACAGCGUAGAAGGUUAAAUAUUUGUGCGUUUUCCUUAUUUUCGCCUAUGUGUUCUCCUACGCAAAAAUUCACUUUCACUGCGCGUUUGUUCGUCGAACAUAGAUGUGACCUUUUAAAGGUGUUGGGUAGCAUGUAAGAGGAAUGCUACGCUGUGACGAUACUGAGUCAUUGUACAUGUAUAUACAUAAUUCGAGAGAGAAAAAAUAAAAGAACAAUACGAUGA